AUGGGUAAGAGUAAGGAUAUCAAGAAUAAGGCUCUGAUUUAUAAAGAGAAAUCUUCAAAGAACUCUAAGAAAAGGAGUCAUGAUGAGCAGGAUGCGGAAGAUGCUGAACAGAAUAAUCAACUGGUGAUUGAAAGCUUAGAUGAUGACUUUGACGAAGUUGCAAAGUUGCUUGGUGAAAAUAUCAAAGAUCCAGAAGCUAAAAAAGAGAAAUAUAAAGAUACUGAAGCCUUGCAAGAGUCAACUGAGCCCAAGUCGGAAUCACCUGUAAAUACUAAAAGUAAAUCAGGUAUUGUUUCAAAUGCUCAAGCAUCAGAAAAGUCACUUGAAACCUUUGAAGAAAUAGGCCUUUCUGAGCCUGUUUUGAAGGCAAUCAAGACUAUGGGAUUCACAACAAUGACAGAAGUACAAGCAAGAACCAUUCCGCCGUUACUUGCAGGAAGGGAUGUUCUAGGUGCUGCGAAGACUGGGUCCGGUAAGACUUUAGCUUUUUUAAUACCGGCCAUCGAAAUGUUGUAUUCUUUAAAAUUCAAGCCGAGAAAUGGAACAGGAGUUAUUGUUGUUUCACCCACUAGAGAAUUAGCAUUACAGAUAUUUGGUGUUGCACGAGAAUUAAUGACCCAUCACACACAAACUUUUGGGAUCGUUAUUGGAGGCGCAAAUAGAAGACAGGAAGCAGAAAAAUUGAGCAAAGGAGUAAACUUGUUGAUUGCAACACCAGGAAGAUUGUUGGAUCAUUUACAAAAUACUAAAGGGUUUGUUUUUAGAAAUUUGAAGGCAUUAGUCAUUGACGAAGCCGAUAGAAUAUUAGAAAUUGGUUUCGAAGAGGAAAUGAGGCAAAUCAUAAAAAUCCUUCCCAAAGAGGAGAGACAGUCUAUGUUAUUUUCGGCUACACAAACCACCAAAGUCGAAGACUUGGCUAGAAUUUCUUUGCGACCAGGUCCUUUAUAUAUCAAUGUUGUUCCUGAUACAGAAGUUUCUACUGCUGACGGUUUGGAACAAGGAUAUGUGGUUUGUGAUUCUGAUAAGCGUUUCUUGUUAUUAUUUUCAUUUUUGAAAAGAAAUUUGAAAAAGAAAAUUAUUGUGUUCCUUUCGUCUUGUAACUGUGUCAAAUAUUUUGGAGAGCUAUUAAACUACAUCGACUUGCCUGUCUUAGACUUGCAUGGCAAGCAAAAACAACAAAAGAGAACAAACACAUUUUUUGAAUUCUGUAAUGCCAAACAAGGUAUAUUAAUUUGUACCGAUGUCGCUGCUAGAGGUCUUGAUAUUCCAUCUGUUGAUUGGAUUAUUCAAUUUGAUCCGCCAGAUGAUCCAAGGGACUAUAUCCAUAGAGUAGGUAGAACAGCAAGAGGGACUCUGGGUAAGGGUAAGUCCUUGAUGUUCUUAACUCCAAAUGAGUUAGGCUUUUUAAGAUAUCUUAAAGCAGCCAACGUGCCACUCAAUGAAUAUGAAUUUCCCACUAACAAAAUUGCCAAUGUUCAAUCACAACUAACCAAGUUAAUAAAAAGUAACUACUGGUUGCAUCAGUCGGCGAAGGAUGGCUACAGGGCCUAUUUGCAGGCAUACGCAUCUCAUCAUUUGAAGACCGUUUACCAAAUCGAUAAAUUGGAUCUUGUGAAAGUAGCUAAGUCAUUUGGGUUUGAUGUUCCACCAAAGGUAAAUAUAACAAUAGGUACAAGUGUGAAGUCUCAAAAGAAGCAGAAGAGAAAGUGA